AUGUCAUCCACCGACCAACAGGUAAAUAGAAAACUGCAAUUUCGUGAUGCGCAGACAGCUGAACCUGACAAGGUCGGGAGCACUUGCCAUCCUCUGGACGUGUUGAUCGUCGGAUGUGGACUAGGCGGACUCUCAUGCGCGAUCGAAUGUCUCCGCCAGGGGUUGAGCGUGACAAUUCUGGAAAAAGCCGUUGAGCUCGGCGAGAUCGGGGCUGGGAUUCAACUACCGCCCAAUGCGGUACGAGUAAUGGAUCACUUUGGCUUGGUUCCCCGGCUGGUCGAUGCUGGUGCUAUCAAUAUCUCCCAACAUUGCCUCCUCAAAUACACCGACAGUACUCCAGUGGCUGUACGGCCCGGGGCAGCCUGGAUGAAACACCACUUCGGGCAAAUUUGGUACGUCAUUCAUCGCGCAGACUACCAUAAAGUGUUAGUCAAGGAAGCUCAGAGACUCGGGGCGAAAAUCCGUUUGAAUGCAGAGGUUGUCUCGGUGGAUUUCAAUGACACAUCGGUUCAAUUGACGACCCAGGAAAAGAUCCACGCUGAUGUUAUUAUUGGCGCAGAUGGGCUACGUUCCGUCGUUCGCGACGAGAUCCUCGGAUACCACAUCGAGCCUGUUGAGACUGGAGACCUAGCAUAUCGGGCCACGAUUCCCAAAGAGCGUGUGGAAGCACUGAAUGAGCCAUUCUUGCAAGAACCGUCUCUAAGAGCGUGGGUCGGACCUCGUCAGCAUGCCGUUCUAUAUCCAGUGCGCAACAGUGCCACAUUCAACUUGGUUCUUUUGUGUCCCGACGACUUACCCGCUGGGGUUGCUACUUCCGCUGGAAAUGUUCAUGAAAUGCGGAACCUGUUCAAGGGAUGGGAUCCAAGGUUGACGGCUCUGAUUGCACAAGUGGACAAUGUCCUCAAAUGGAAGAUUUGUCAUAUGAAAGAGUUAGAUACAUGGUGCAAAAACUCGGUUGCUCUUCUCGGGGAUGCUUGUCACCCUUCACUUCCAUACCAAGCUCAGGGCGCUGCAAUGGCUGUUGAAGAUGGGGCAGCCUUGGGCGUAUUUCUGGGCAAACUGUCGAGAGAAUACCCAAAACAAGGAGGUUUGGACUACCGAUCAAAGAUUUCAGAUGUGCUACAUCUAUAUGAAUCCAUGCGAAAAGCUAGUACGACAGCCAGCGUCGAAGGCGCCAUCCAGAACCAAAUUCUUUACCAUUUGGAGGAUGGCCCCGAAGCUGACGCGCGAAACAAGGCCUUUACAACCGUGGAUUGGGAUGAUCCGGAGAGUAAUUUCGAGUGGGGUUGGGGGAAUCUCGCAUACCUGAAACGGCUGAUGGCAUUUAACACAAUGGCUGGAGCUGAGAAGUCUUUUGAUGAAUGGGUAGCCACGGGAGAAAAGCACUAA